UGUAGCUGGCCGUUUUGAGAAGCGAGCAUUCGAAUUUUAAAAUUUUAUAACAUUUAUAAUAUUCCGAAGUGAUUUAUUCAAGUUGCAAUACUUUUCGCGUGAUUCAAGUUAGUGUUAAGCUUUGGUUAAGUGAUGUGUGUUUAAGUUUAUAGUGCAAAUGUGGUUUUUAGUGAACCCUGUUGGUUAUGGAUUGCUUUUGAGGUGAAAAUGUGGGAGACUAUUUGCUACGUGAAGUCUGUCAGGAAAAAGUUCUGAGGCGGUGGACGCAAUGUCCAGCGGGAGUUGUUCCGGGCCCGGGGUCUGCGGGGGGGCCCGGAGGAGGCCGCCUCCCCCACCCGAACCUGCCAUCUCCCUGGCAGCAGACCUGAGCGAGUUGAGCUUGGACCAGGGCUACCACACCUUGGCUGACUGCGGCCCUCCAAGGAGAAGAAGGGACAAUACCUUGAGCGAUGCGCUGUGGUUAAAGAUCCUUUCUUAUAUCGAGGUAUCGGACCUCUGUCGUGUGUCAAGGGUCUGCAGACGAUGGGCCCGCCUUAUCAGCAGGUUGACGACGAGGCCAGAAAUCUGGAGGCGAGUGAGGGCCUCAGGGCCCCUGGACAUCGCGGCUCGAUGCGCAGGCGCAAGGGCGGGGCCUUGCGUUACUGCUGUGCGGGAGUGGAGAUCCAAGGGUUGUAUGGUAACACCAGCCGCCUCCCAACUCCUGGUUUCCGCCUUUAGGAACCUGACGCACCUGGCCGUGACAGGGUCCAGCAGUAUGGACGCUAGGUCUUUGGCGCCUUUAAUCACUGACCUGGUGGAUUUGAGGCAUCUUGACCUUACUGGUUGUCCCAACGUGGACUGGCCUGAAUGGGCCUGGCUGGAGACGCGGCUGAUGACGCGGAGGCCCCCCGUGGAAUACGUCGACCUCACGGAUUGCGGGGCGGUCAGCGACGCUGGGCUCUGUGGUCUACUGCACACCUGCCCUUCUCUGCAGUACUUGUAUCUACGAAGAUGCACUCUAGUCACAGAUGCGGGCGUCCGGUGGAUACCUUCGUACUGCGCCUUGAAGGAGCUAAGCGUGUCUGACUGUACCGGCGUCACGGAUUUUGGCCUGUACGAGUUGGCCAAGUUGGGACCAGCGCUGCGGUACCUUUCUGUAGCUAAGUGUACACAGGUGUCAGACUCGGGAAUCCGGACCCUGGCGCGGCGGUGCUACAAGUUGCGUUACCUGAACGCCAGGGGGUGCGGGGCGCUGGGGGAUGAUGGCGUGGAAGCAGUCGCCAGGGGCUGCUCGAGGCUCAGAGCCCUGGAUCUUGGUGCUACUGACGUUUCUGAAGCUGGGUUACAGAUCCUCGCCCGAUGCUGUCCGAACUUGAAGAAGCUGGCGCUCCGAGGCUGCGAGCUGGUCGGAGACGAGGGCCUGGAGGCUGUGGCCUACUACUGCCGCGGGCUGACCCAGCUCAACAUUCAGGACACGCCGGUAACCCUAAGGGGGUACCGGGCCGUGAAGAAGUAUUGCAAGAGAUGCGUCAUUGAGCACACCAAUCCUGGCUUUUGUUGAUAAUUGUAGAUAUCUGAAAAGAGUGUAUAUAAUUCCGUUAUUUGGUACAACUGAC